UCUCUCCUUCCUAACUUCGUCCCCUCUACCCACACCCUUCUUUCUCUCCCAUUCUCAUUCUCUCUCUGUAAAUAAAAAUUAUCAAGAUCAUUCAUCCAUGGCGGCUAAUAGAUUCGCGAGUCUGAUCCACCGGAAAACAAACAGAAUCACUUUAAUCCUCGUCUACGCUUUUCUCGAAUGGUCACUCAUCUUCUUCAUUCUUCUAAACUCUCUCUUCUCUUAUUUCAUCCUCAGAUUCGCUGACUACUUCGGUCUCAAACGUCCUUGCCUCUUCUGCUCUCGACUCGAUCGUUUCUUCGACGCUUCUUCUCGUAAACCUAGAGAUCUCCUCUGCGACGAUCACGCUCUCGAGAUUUCGAAUUCACAACAACGGUCUCGUGGUGUUCACACUCAUUCCAAACCUGUUCAAGAAGUUGAAGAAUCUCGCAAUGAUUUUUUUUUGGUUGGUGGUAAGAUAAGUUCGUCACUAUGUGCUCCGAUCGAGUCUGAUUUGGGGAUUGUUGAUUAUCCGAUCGGAGAUGAAGGCCAGGUUUACAAUGGUCUUAAGUUCCCUCGAUCGGUCUUCGUACUCGAACAAGAAGAUGAAGAUGAUAAAAAUACAGGAUCCGUGACUUUGAAUCAUUCUGUAGAACGAAGAGUACUGGAAGAAGAAACAGAGGAGAAGAAGAAAGAAGAAGAAUACGAUGAUGAUGAUGAUAUUGAUGAGGAGUUCUCGUGCUAUGUAUCAAGUUUCGACUGUAACAAAGAGGUUAUUACUGUAGAAGAAGAAGGAAACAAAGUGGAUCUGGCUGUAGAGGUCGAGACUUCAGAGUCUGCUCGUAAGCAAAACCUUGAGUUCUAUAUCGAUGAAGAAGACUCUCAUUUGAUUCCUGUUGAAUUCUACAAACCGAGCGAUGAAGUUCGUGAGAUUUCCGAUAUCAACGGAGAUUUUAUUCUUGAUUUCGGCGCUGAGCCUGAUUUCACGGCGGAGAAGGAAGAGGUAAUCAUCACUGCUGCUAAUGAAUCCAAAGCUGAGGAGGAGGAAGAAGUAAUCAUCACGGCAGCUGAUGAAUCCAAAGCGGAGGAUGCGGUGACGACGAAUCUAGGUGCUUCAACAAAUGAUUUGCUCCAAAUGCAUAACGACGACGACGACGACAACGAAACAGAAACAGAAACAGACGCGGAGGUUUCUAUAGGUACAGAGAUUCCUGAUCACGAGCAACUCGGAGAUGUUACAUCCCAACAACAACUCCAUAAUUCUAACGACGACGUUGACAACGAUCAUGAUGAAACAGAGGAGGAGGAUACAUUAGAGUUCAGAACAAUAACAAACAUCAAUGAGGAACGGUUUCGAGAAACUCCUGCUUCCUUGGAAAGAUCGCAUAGUCUACAUAAUGCUAUGUUUCACUUAGAGCGAAGAACAGAAUCGGUUGAUGGUAUUGAAUGUUCUGAAGGAGGAGUAGUACUCACCGUGGACAAGUUGAAGUUAGAGUUACAAGAAGAGAGGAAAGCGCUUACUGCUUUAUACGAGGAGCUGGAGGAAGAGAGGAACGCGUCUGCAAUUGCUGCCAAUGAAACAAUGGCGAUGAUCAACAGGUUGCAUGAAGAGAAAGCGGCUAUGCAGAUGGAAGCGUUGCAGUAUCAGAGAAUGAUGGAGGAGCAAGCUGAGUUCGAUCAAGAAGCUUUGCAGCUGUUGAACGAGCUUAUGGUGAAUAGAGAGAAAGAGAACGCUGAGCUGGAGAAGGAGCUGGAAGUGUAUAGAAAGAGAUUGGAGGAGUUUGAAGCUAAAGAGAAAAUGGGGAUGUUGAGGAGGAGAAUGAGAGAUUCUUCUGUUGAUUCGUAUAGAAACAAUGGGGAUUCAGAUGAGAACAACAACAACGGAGAUGUACAUCGUGAUCACAAGAACGUUGAAGGAGUUUCAGAUUGGAAAUACAGUGAUAGUGAGAUGGAGAGUACACCAGUUGAUGUUGUGCUUCGUCUUGAUGAGUGUUUAGAUGAUUAUGAAGGAGAGAGGCUUUCGAUUCUUGGGAGAUUGAAGUUUCUUGAAGAGAAACUCACUGAUCUUAAUAACGAAGAGGAUGGGGACGAGGAAGUUAAAACGUUUGAGAAUGGGAACGGGCAUUUUCAUGGUAAGGAAACAAACGGGAAACACAGAGUCAUCAAGUCAAAGAGACUGCUUCCCCUGUUUGAUGCUGUCGAUGGAGAGCUGCAGGAGAACGGGCUAGGUAACGGAAACCAUCAUGAAAACGGGAUUGAUGAAUCGGAGAGUGGCGAGAAUGUGACGAUAGAAGAAGAAGUGGAUGAGCUUUACGAGAGACUAGAAGCUCUAGAGGCAGAUAGAGAGUUCUUGAGACAUUGUGUUGGUUCAUUGAAAAAAGGGGACAAAGGUGUACAUCUCCUACAUGAGAUUCUGCAACAUCUACGUGAUCUGAGAAACAUUGAUCUUAAUCGUGUUAAAGAGAACGGAGACAUGAGUUUUUGAGUUCGAGUUUGAGUUUGAGUUUUGGGUUUGAUCAGUUCACUCUUUGCAUGGUGACAUAAUGAACAAAAACAAUCAUACAGGUGGGAAAGUGACAGUGUUGCUUGGGAUGGAAGAAAAAACAAAGGUCUAGAUGAAGAAGAAAACGCCAUAAAAAAAAAGUCUUAGAUAAAGUCAAAGUAUUGAAGUAUAUACUCUGAGGAAAAAGUGUCAGAUCAGAAUGUUCGUCUCUCUUCGUGUUUUAAUUAAAUUUUUUUGGUUUUUUUUUUAUAUAUAUUGAAGUGUGUCAGUGUAAAUUUCACCUUUUUAAUUUGGGGAGUGGUCUUUAUGAGUGGUGGUGGGUGGUAUAAUAGAAAAAGGUAGAAUGAUGAGAGUAUGUGUGUGUAGUGUAGUGUAGUUGAGUAGUAAGGUGAGAUAUUGGUAUUAAAAAAUGUCAAAUGCAAAGCUGUCAGUUUCUUUGGAUGUUUGUGGCAGAGCUGGAAUGAUUUCAGCAAAGAUGCCAACUCCAAUUUGUGCAUAUGCUUUUCUUUGUUUUUUUGGACUUUUCACAACAUUUAGAAAUUUUCGGGGGAGAGUUUAGAAUUAUUGCGUUUAGGUGGGGUAAGUAACCUCUUCAUUUGUAAUCUUGUCUUCUUUUUUGGUUGAAUGUAACUUGGUAACUACUAUUACGCUUUGCAAUCACUCGGGGAGAAAGACGAGUUCUUUGUCUUCUUUUGUUACU